ACGCAAUAUUAUUAUGAAUACUCUUUAUUUUUUAAGUAGGCGUAUUCACCACAACAACUGUUACUCUUGGCGAAGACAGACGUGCUAUCAACAUACACUUAACACAAACAAUAUGAAGAUAAUUCUUUAUCUAGCAGUAUUGGUCAUAAUAAUAACUGAAGAUGCAGAAAGUUCGGCAGGAAGAGCAAUAGGAACUUUGUAUCGAUGGAAACAAAUAGAUUUCGCUUAUCCGUCGCCCGAUGAAAGACUCCGAGCCAUCGAAAACGGACAAUUUAUCCAAGCUAACGUUGUUCCGUUCGGCGUGGAACGAUGGAAGGAUCGAGUUUUUGUGAGCACUCCUCGUUGGAAAAGUGGAAUACCAGCUACGUUGUCUUCAUUACCAGUUGAAGCGCUUGAAGAAUCACCCCCUCUAGCUCCUUUUCCAAAUUGGGGAUGGCAUAAUCAAGGAAACUGCACGGGAUUCACUUCAAUAUUCAGAAUGGUUAUAGAUCAUUGUGGCGUUAUGUGGGUCCUGGAUGCCGGUCAAGUUGGAGGGUUUGAAACACCAAGUCAAAUCUGCCCACCUGCUUUGAUCGCUAUUGAUUUAGCAACUGAUACAAUUAUUGGAAAAUUUACCAUUCCCGAAGAGUAUGUCUUACAAAAUUCAUUGAUUACCAACAUUAUCGUUGACUCCAGGGACGCACAAUGCAGAGAUCUACACGUUUACAUAUCAGAUGUGAGGCGAUUUGGUAUCAUUGUAUUUAGAUGUUCUGACGCAUCUUUCUGGAGAUUUAAUCACUACACGUUUUAUCCUGAUCCGAUUUUAUCUAAUUACACCUUACAUGGCGUAAAUUUCCAAUGGACUGAUGGAGUAUUUGGCUUAUCUCUUGGAAGCUACUACUUAGGCGACCGUCCGCUAUACUAUCACUCGAUGUCGAGUUCUCUGGAAUUUGUGGUUUCUACGGCGGUCAUUCGAGACCCUUCACGAGUAGAAAACUCAGUGGAUGAAUUUAAAAUACUUGGAGAAAGCCGUGGGCCUAUCGGCCAGGUAUCUGCCGCAGCGGUCGACCGCAAUGGUAUCAUGUUCUUUAACCUUGUUUCACAAGACAGUAUCGGAUGUUGGAACACAAAUAGCGAAUAUAAAAUUCAAAACUUAGGUAUAGUGGCAAGAAAUAAUAAAACAAUGAUAUUUCCAAAUGACUUGCGAUUGGACCAUGAGGUUCCACAAAUUGGUUGGAUAAUUACUAAUCGAUUACCAUUUUACCAAUUUAAUUUAUUAAAUCCAAACGAAUACAAUUUCCGUGUAAUGUUUUUGGAUCCCGAAGUUGCUAUUGUUAAUACAGUUUGUCAGUUUCAAUAAAUAAAGGCUACCUAUAUUAAAGGAACUCAAUAAAACAAA